AUGUACCCAUAUCCGCCCCCACCUCCAGCUCCCCAACCAGACUCCUCCUGCCCAAUGUCCCCUCAACCCUUCCCCUCCCCGAUGUACCCAUAUCCGCCCCCACCCCCAGCUCCCCAACCAGACUCCUCCUGCCCAAUGUCCCCUCAACCCUUCCCCUCCCCGAUGUACCCAUAUCCGCCCCCACCCCCAGCUCCCCACCCAGACUCCUCCUGCCCAAUGUCCCCUCAACCCUUCCCCUCCCCGAUGUACCCAUAUCCGCCCCCACCCCCAGCUCCCCACCCAGACUCCUCCUGCCCUAUGUCCCCUCAACCCUUCCCCUCCACAAUGUACCCAUAUCCGCCCCCACCCCCAGCUCCCCACCCAGACUCCUCCUGCCCAAUGUCCCCUCAACCCUUCCCCUCCCCGAUUGCGAGUAUGAACCCAAAGGAGGCGGGGCCAAGUGGACGACCUCCGACCCCUGGACCGACGCAUCACACCAAAGUCAACGAGCUCAGGGAGAAAUUCAUGAAUGAGCUCAAGCAUAUACCUCUUCCCACGUGGGCAGUGGUGGCCCUGGUCUUGGUGCUGCUGCUGCUGCUGCUGAGCUGCUGUGUCUGCUGCUGCCGCAAGACUCUCUUCAAGAAGAAGAAGGAGAAGAAGGGCAAGGAGAAGGGAGGGAAAAACGACCUCGACCUCACAGACAUGAAGGACGAGGGGACAAUGCAGGCAUUGAAACAUGACACUGAUACAGUGGAUGAAGAGGAGGAACCCAAAGAGGAAGUCAAGCUGGGCAAACUCCAGUUCUCUUUAGACUACAAUUUCACUGAUACUGCCUUGGUGGUGGGCAUUCUCCAGGCUACAGACCUCCCGGCCAUGGACAUGAGUGGCACAUCAGACCCCUACGUGAAGCUCUACCUGCUGCCCGACAAGAAGAAGAAAUUUGAGACCAAAGUCCACAGGAAGUCCCUCAACCCCACCUUCAACGAGAACUUCACCUUCAAGGUCCCCUAUGCGGAGCUGGGAGGGAAGACCCUGGUCAUGAUCGUGUACGACUUCGACCGCUUCUCGAAGCACGAUGCCAUCGGGGACGUGCGCAUCCCCAUGAACAAAGUGGACUUCAGUCACGUGACCGAGGAGUGGAGAGACCUGCAGAAACCUGAGAAGGAAGAGCAAGAAAAGCUGGGGGAUAUCUGUCUGUCCCUGCGAUACGUCCCCACUGCCGGCAAACUGACUGUGGUAGUUCUGGAGGCUAAGAACCUCAAGAAGAUGGAUGUGGGCGGGCUCUCAGAUCCCUACGUGAAGAUCCACUUGCUGCAGAAUGGGAAGAGGUUGAAGAAGAAGAAGACCACGGUGAAGAAGCACACCCUGAACCCAUACUACAACGAGUCCUUCAGCUUCGAGGUGACUCUGGAGCAGAUCCAGAAAGUGCAAGUGGCGGUGACUGUGCUGGACUAUGAUAAGAUCGGUAAGAACGACGCCAUCGGUAAGGUGUUUCUGGGCAUGAACAGCACGGGCACGGAGCAGCGCCACUGGGCAGACAUGCUGGCCAACCCCAGGAGGCCCAUCGCCCAGUGGCAUGCCCUCAAGCCAGAGGACGAGGUCAGCGCAGAGCUUGCCAAGAAAUGA